ACUGUUCCCUCCUCUCAUUUUCUCAGAUUUCUCUCUCUUUUUUAUAGAUCAUGGCAAGCUCCAGCCCUGCCGCAGUCAACGGAAGACUAGAAGGAAAAGUGGCGUUGAUAACCGGUGGAGCUAGUCGAAUUGGCAAACGCACUGCAGAAAUUUUUGUCCAAAAAGGAGCCAAAGUAGUGAUCGCUGACAUCCAAGAUGAACUUGGACAUUCGGUUGCUCAAACCAUCGGAUCAUCAACAUGUACAUAUGUACAUUGUGAUGUCACUGAUGAGAGCCAAAUAAAAAAUGUCGUGGACACAACCGUACAAACAUAUGGAAAACUCGACAUUAUGUUCAACAAUGCUGGCAUAGGAGGGCCUAACAACUCUCGGAUCAUUGACAACGAUAAAGCAGAUUUUGAACGUGUUUUAAGCAUCAACGUGACAGGUGUUUUCCUCGGCAUCAAGCACGCAGCACAAGCCAUGAUCCCAGCUCGCACCGGUAGCAUCAUAAGUACUCCUAGCAUAAGCUCUUAUGUUGGUGGUGCUGCCUCACAUGCUUAUUGUAGUGCAAAGCAUGUUGUGGUUGGUUUAACUAAAAAUGCAGCAGUUGAACUUGGACAAUUUGGGAUUAGAGUUAAUUGUGUGUCUCCUUAUGCUCUUGCAACUCCUUUAGCAACACAAUUUGUUGGAUGUAAUGAUGGUGAGCUUGAAACUACCAUGAACACGUUGGCUAAUCUUAAGGGUGUGAUUUUGAAAACUGAUGAUGUGGUAAAUGCAGCACUUUAUUUUGCUAGUGAUGAUUCGAGGUAUGUGAGUGGCCAUAAUUUGCUCAUAGAUGGAGGAUUCAGCAUUGUUAAUCCAUCCUUUCACAUGUUUCAGUAUUCAGAUUCUUGAUUUUGUUUACUACCAUGAAGCAAUAAUAAUUAUGAAGAAGUUAGAAUAAGGGAUCA